UUUAAAAAGUGUUCUAUCAUGAAAUCCUUGUUUGAAGUUCCAAGGAAUUUAGAACCAGGCUUUAAGUUUGUUCAGCUGCAAAGUGAACACUAAGCUCUUUGCCCCGCCCCAUGUUAUUGCAGUAGGAUUCUUGUCUUAUAUACACCACUCAUUCCUCAGUUCACUUAGAGCACAGUCCUUGACAUUACUCAGCUUCAGAGAUGAAUAACCAAGGAGUAAUCUAUGCAGAACUGAAGGGAGUCAAGAACUCAAAGAGACAGCGAAUAAAACUUAAGGGCUCUAAAGGUUCCAUUUCAAUAGCUCCACAGGAAUUAACAUAUGCUGAAUUAAAUCUUCAAAAUGCUUCUCAGAAUCUUCGAGGGAAUGAGGAGAACUACCAUUCCAAAGGUUCACCAUCACCUCCAGAGAAGCUCAUUGCUGGGAUCCUCGGAAUCAUCUGCCUUGUCCUGAUGUCCACUGUCGUAACAAUGAUCAUUAUUACUCCCUCUACUCUAAUACAGGAACAGAAUAACUCCUCUCGGAUAACAAGGCUCCAGAAAGAAUGCCAUUGUGGUCGUUCAAAAGACUGGUUUACAUAUUCCAACAACUGCUAUUAUAUUAUUUUUGAAGAAAAAACGUGGAAUGGGAGUUUGACAGCCUGUGCUUCUAGGAACUCUACUCUGCUUUAUAUAGAUAAUGAAGAGGAACUGAAAUUUCUGAAGUCCCUAUCAAUUAUGUCAUGGAUUCCAGUCUUUCGUGAAGGCCGUGGUCAUCCGUGGAUGUGGCAAAAUGGCUCAACUUGCAAACUACAAAUAUCAGACUUCCCACCUGAGAAAGGAAACUGUGCAGUGCUAUCCUCGGGGAACAUAAAGUCAGAUGACUGUGAAUUCCCAAAUAUGUAUACUUGCAAGCACAAGCUUGAGAAUUAAAAAGUGCAAUUGCUUUGUUUUUUUCUUGACCUAUUUUUACACUGCAAACUUUUAUCUUCAAUGUCAAAUAGAAGGUACUGUAAAGGUCCUUUAUGUAUCAUUCCUAUAUUAUGGGAAUAUAUUCCAAUACUUUAUCUUCAAGUAUUAGGUUUAAGGAUUUUUUGAUCAUACUUUUUUACUACGAAAGCAAUUCCAUAUUAUUUAUUUUUUCUCAUAAAUUUUGUAACCAAUCAGUAGUGUUUCCAUUUUAUAUUUUUUCAAUAGAAUGAAUUUUUUAAAAAAUAAUGCUUAUGUAUGGCAAAAACUACCACAAUAUUGUAAUUAGCCUCCAAUUAAAAUAAAUAAAUUAAUUUUAAAAAUAAAGUUUAUAAAAUUUUUCCUCCAAACAUUCCUAUUUACUUCAAAUAUUAACCAGUCAAACACAUUCCUGAAAUGAAACCACAAUGAUCAUUCUGUAUUUUCUUUCUCUUAAAAUCAGUGCAUGUAUCAUACUUAGAUUAAAAUAUUUUCUUCAUCAAUUUUCACAGAGACAGGACUGAGUUCCUUAAUAUUAUGUAAGCUGACAAGUCUUGUUCUCAAGGCUCUAUUGGGAAGCAUUCCUUUUUUUUUUUUUAAUCUUACCUGGAGACUUUGUGAAAGACCUGGUAUAAUUUUAAGUGUUAUUAUUCACUACUGUUAUCAUUAGAGUUUCUAGAACUUUUUUUGUAGGAACUUUAUACAAUGAAUGCCAUAUCUUUAACACAUGUUAAGUUUAUUCAGGAUUCAAGUUGUACUGCAGUUGGUAAAUUGCAUUUUUUAGGCAUUUCAUAUAGAUAGUAGAAUAUAUUCAUAGUAUGGUUUUCUUAUCUAUUUAACAUCUGUAAAAACAAAAAUGGUGUUGUCAUAUUUAUUAUAGAUGUAAGAGAUUUAUGUCUUCUCAUCUUUUCUUUAAACAUAUUUUAUCAAUUAUACUGCCUUUCAAGUGAAAAUGACAUUGACCAUUUUAUUCCUUUCUAAUGUACUUGCUUUCUUUGUCAUGAUUUUGCAUCAUUUAUUUUCCUUUUACUUCUUUAUUUGAACUAUGCUAAGUCACCUCAGUCGUGUCCAACUCUGUGCGACCCCAUAGA